AUAUUUCAAAGAAGCCUGAUAGUUGGCUCUGGCUGCUUUUGGUCAUUUAUACCAGCGAGGACACGAGUGGCAGCCCAACAACAUCCAAAUCUAGGCUCCAGGUGUAACGAAUGAUGAUGCACCGCAAUACCGCUGGAGUUGGCAGAAGUUACAGCUCGCCAUGUAUAAAUCCCUCUUCCAACGUGGAUGUACGGGUUCCGCGACAAACACCGAUACAGACGCAAACAGACUCCUUUCUGAGUACAAGAAAGGACUCUAUACCACAGCCUCAGUCAACACAAUCUUUGCCAGCGCUUGAAGGUAAAUCAAAGACACUCAAGCACGAGCACAAACACAUUUCAACAUCAACAAUGUGUGAGAAAGGCAUCCUCAUUUGGACCUGCGGCUGCACUCAACUUGAAGACCCUCGCCCUUGUCCAAAAGCUCGCCACCGCAACAAACCCUGCGACGGCUACGGCUUCGUCUGGGCCUAUCGCGACCCUAUCCCCUACCACACCCACUCCAAAUGCCCAACCUGCCUCCACAACGACGAGAUCGCCUUGCGCAGAAGAGCGAAUGAAGCGCUCCUCGUCAACUCCCACGCCUACCCUACCCUCCAAUCCGUCGCCAAUGGUGAUGACAGCCAGAGGGUAAAAACUGGCAGACCUCGCUACGAUCGCACUGCUUCUGGCACAGAGAUAUACGUGCCUGAAGGUUGGGUGCCAGAGAUGAACAGGCUCCCAGGAAACGCAAACGAAUACUCCGCUUUCCUAACCGGGAGUUUCGAUCCCCUGCUGCGUCUCCCUGAUACUCACAUCCCACCUCCCACAGACCGCACGCAACCGCCACCGAUCCUAUCAGCCAGACCGCAACAAUUGCAAGGACAGCAGCGAUUGAGAUUACACGCUCCUCCACAGUUCUGGCAAGGUCCGGUGGUUAUGGAAGAUGCGGAAUAUCCUUAUGUGGAGUUCAAGGGUGCUUUGGGGGCGCAGAGGCCAGGGAUGGCGGGUAGGAGGACCAGUUAUACGGGUAGGGUGGCGGAGAAGGGGUGGGCGCCGCCGAGGAGUGGCACGUUGCCGCCACAGAGCGAUGUGGAUACUGAGCCGCCCUCGAGGAUGCAUUCGCCGCAGUUGAAGGUUACACCGCCGCAGAAGUGAUGACGUGCGGAAGGGUCGAUGAAAGAGGGUUGGAAGGAUGAAUGUGUAUGGUUGAUGACUUUUAUGAUGUGAUGAUUAGCGGAGAGAUACCCAUUGAUUUUUCGGUUGAG